CUCAGACACAUCCUGUUCAUGUGUUUCUUACGCAGGCUCCGGUGGAGGUCACUGAUCAGCGCAGUUGGACGGUCACAUUGUUGCCAUGGCGAAACUCUUUGAGUCAAUUGGAAAAUUGGGAUUGGCCUUGGCCAUUGGAGGAGGUGUAGUUAACUCUGCUCUAUUUAACGUUGACGCAGGUCACAGGGCUGUCAUCUUCGACCGCUUCCGAGGUGUCCAAGAUAUUGUCGUUGGCGAGGGCACACACUUCCUUAUUCCCUGGGUGCAGAAACCAUUUAUUUUUGACUGCAGGUCCCGUCCACGCAACGUGCCUGUCAUCACUGGUAGCAAAGAUUUACAGAAUGUGAACAUCACCCUGAGAAUCCUGUUCCGACCAGUUGCUACAGAGCUGCCAAGGAUUUUCACCAGCAUUGGAGAGGACUACGAUGAGAGAGUGCUGCCCUCCAUCACCACCGAGGUGUUGAAAGCUGUAGUGGCCCGUUUUGAUGCAGGUGAGCUCAUUACUCAAAGAGAGCUGGUGUCUAGGCAGGUCAGUGAGGAUCUGGUGGAAAGAGCAUCUACCUUUGGCCUUAUUCUGGAUGAUGUCUCCCUGACACAUCUGACUUUUGGCAAGGAGUUCACGGAGGCUGUUGAGAUGAAGCAGGUUGCACAGCAGGAGGCUGAGAGAGCAAGAUUUGUCGUAGAGAAGGCCGAGCAACAGAAACAGGCAACCAUUAUUUCCGCGGAAGGAGACUCCCAGGCUGCUCUGUUGAUCGCUAAUUCUCUGGCAGUGGCUGGUGAUGGUCUGGUGGAGCUGAGAAAGUUGGAGGCAGCAGAGGACAUCGCCUUCCAGCUCAGCCGUUCUCGCAACGUCACUUACCUCCCAUCUGGACAGGGCACACUCCUGCAGUUACCACAGUGACAGGGAAACUAGACACACACACUCAUUUCACUUCUGUUCUUAGUUCGGCUGCUUUGGAAAAGGUGAUGUCUAUAGAACCCAUGAAACUUUGUAAUCAGGCUAUAGGCAAAUUUUAAAGAGACAAAAAUAUCUUGUUUUUUCCUCUUUUAGCCCAAGUGUUCUCUUUUUGUCAUCUUGAAAGUAUGGACUGCCACUAGGUGUUUUCAGCAGUUGGAAAGGGUAGAGAAGGGGAACGAGUAUGUGUGUGAAUAUAUAAAUAUUCUGAAGACAUAUAUUUAAAUCUGGAGAUGUUUUGACACGUUUUGUCAUAUCUGAGUAUUUUAGGCCAAUUUCUAUUGCACAGAAAUUGAUCUAAACCAAAAUAAUAAUAAAAAUGUAACCCACACACAGUCUGCAUCAUCUGUCUGUGUGCUGUGGUGCUGGAGGUUUAAAAGAUCAGUCCUGCUCCUGCAGGACCGGCUGUGUUGCUUUUUGGUUUGUGUUUUUUGUUAUUAUUUGUGGCAGAAUGAACGCCCUUGCAUUCCACAAGUGGCUAAAUUGAUAAAUCAAUAAACAAUUAUUCAUUUAUAUGAAACCACAAUACAGAUGUAUGUGUCUUAUUUUUAAUGGAAAUUUUCAACAUUGUCGUUUUUCUUAUUCU